UCCUCGGCGAUUAGUGACACCGAUUUGCUUGUCUUUCGAAAUCAGUUCGGCUCUGGACUUUGUCGAUACAUUACGACAUGCAAUGAACCAGGAAAGGUUCUCACAGCUAGGAACAACGCGCAUUCGGAUGUGAAAAUGGAACGGGAGGUGUUCCAUCCCGAGAUGAACAACGUCCAGGUGGAGUUGAAGAACGUCGACCUAUGGAAACAAUUUCACAAAGAGGGGACGGAGAUGAUAAUCACCAAAUCUGGCAGGAGGAUGUUUCCUUCAUUAAGGCUGAGCCUGAAGGGUUUGCACCCCGACGUGCGUUACUUCGUUCUGUUCGAGCUGACUUUGUCUUCGAACCACCGGUUCAAGUUCAUAUCGUCCGAAUGGGUCACCGGGGGCGGCGCAGAGCCGCAGACCCACGCAUCGACGAGGAUGCACAUCCACCCGGACUCUCCCGCUACCGGUGCUUCCUGGAUGGCCCAGGACGUGAGCUUUCACCGCGUGAAACUCACGAACAACACUCUGGACCGUUCCGGAAACCUUGUGCUUACUUCGAUGCAUAAGUACCAGCCAAGGAUACAUAUAGUAAAAGCUUCGGAUAUCUUAGCUCUUACUUGGAGUCCGACUCUCACAGUGACAUUCCCCGAAACCGAAUUUAUCGCCGUCACUGCUUAUCAAAACCAGAAGAUUACCAAGUUGAAAAUCGAUUACAACCCCUUCGCCAAAGGGUUCCGCGAAAACGGCCAAGCCAGGACGAAGAGGAAAGCCGAAAACUUAUCCUUACAGUCGAAAAGGGACUGCAACGAAGUCCAAGAAGUGGAGGAUUUGAAACAGACCGGCGACGACAGCGGGGUCUCGGUCACGUCGGAUUCACCGGGCCCCAGCGUCCAUUCUCCUUCACCACCGGUGCCGCUCAUCUCCGAUAUUCCACCCCCGCCUUUCUACCCCCAUUCGCUUUGGCCGUACCCCAUUCACUUUCCGCCGACUUAUCCAUUUGUAUUCCCGUCCAUUGCGCCCUUUUACCACAAUCCGGCGCCAUUCACCCACAACUGAAUCUUCUUUUAAAGAAAAUACCGAGUCACUAUUGUAAUAAAAAAAGAAAGAAAACAAGACUUGCCAAAGAUUAGGGUA